CUCACACCCGGGUGAGGGGUCUGCUGCUGCACCUGUCGGUCUCAUGGCUCCUGGGAGCAUCACCAGCGACAUCUUACCCUCCUCGACUUCCACAGCAGGAUCAUCCAGGUCUCCUGAAUCUGAAAAGCCAGGCCCGAGCCACGGCGGUGUCCCACCGGGAGGCCCGAGCCACAGCAGCCUCCCGGUGGGACGCCGCCACCCCCCGGUGCUGCGCAUGGUGCUGGAGGCGCUGCAGGCUGGGGAGCAGCGCCGGGGCACGUCGGUGGCGGCUAUCAAGCUCUACAUCCUGCACAAGUACCCAACAGUGGACGUCCUUCGCUUCAAGUACCUGCUGAAGCAGGCGCUGGCCACUGGCAUGCGCCGUGGCCUCCUCGCCAGGCCCCUCAACUCCAAAGCCAGGGGGGCCACUGGCAGCUUCAAAUUAGUUCCCAAGCACAAGAAGAAAAUCCAGCCCAGGAAGAUGGCCCCCGCGACGGCUCCCAGGAGAGCGGGCGAGGCCAAGGGGAAGGGCCCCAAGAAACCAAGUGAGGCCAAGGAGGACCCUCCCAACGUGGGCCAGGUGAAAAAGGCAGCCAAGAGGCCAGCAAAGGUGCAGAAGGCUCCUCCCAAGCCAGGCGCAGCCACAGAGAAGGCUUGCAAGCAAGGCGGCGCGGCCAAGGACACCAGGGCACAGUCGGGAGAGGCUAGGAAGGUACCCCCCAAGCCAGACAAGGCCAUGCGGGCACCUUCCAGUGCCGGUGGGCUCAGCAGGAAGGCAAAGGCCAAAGGCAGCAGGAGCAGCCAAGGAGAUGCUGAGGCCUACAGGAAAACCAAAGCUGAGAGUAAGAGUUCAAAACCCACGGCCAGCAAGGUCAAGAAUGGUGCUGCUUCCCCAACCAAAAAGAAGGUGGUGGCCAAGGCCAAGGCCCCUAAAGCUGGGCAGGGGCCAAACACCAAGGCUGCUGCUCCUGCUAAGGGCAGUGGGUCCAAGGUGGUACCUGCACAUUUGUCCAGGAAGACAGAGGCCCCCAAGGGCCCAAGAAAGGCUGGGCUGCCCAUCAAGGCCUCAUCAUCCAAAGUGUCCAGCCAGAAGGCUGAAGCUUAGGGCCAGAGGCAGGGGCGGAGAGAGACCGAGCCUCUGCCCUAGUUUUUAUUCUUCAACUAACCACUGCUCUAUUUAUUUCAUUGUAAGCUAUUUAUCAAUAAAGACUUUUGUUUCUUUUUCCGCACAA